AACAUAUAACUAAGGAUAGCUCUGAAAGUAUUUUGUCAAAAGUCUUAUUAAAAGUCAAAAGUCUUACUGAAAGUCAAAAGUCUUACCAAAAGUCAAAAGUCCUACCAAAAGUUGAAAGUUUUACUGAAAGAUUUAUAGUAUCAAGUUUUGCAGUAGUUAAG